CCGCUGUUGUCGUCGUCGUCCGCUCAUUCUGCACAAAAUGGCCGCCGCUCCCGUUGACGAAAUUCGCGCUGACGCUUAUGUUGGCUUUGACUCUAUUACCCGUCAGAUUGAGCACAAGCUGCUCAAGCGCGGCUUCCAAUUCAAUGUCAUUGUCGUCGGGCAAACCGGCCUCGGAAAGUCGACGAUGGUAAACACCAUCUUCGCGUCGCACUUAAUCGACUCCAAGGGCCGACUGGAGGCGGACGAGCCGGUAAGGCAGACGACGGAGAUCCAGGUCGCGUCGCAUGUCAUCGUUGAGAACGGUGUCAAGCUGCGUUUGAACAUCGUCGACACCCCUGGGUAUGGCGACCAAAUCAACAACGAAAACUGCUGGGACCCUAUAAUCAAGUACAUCAAGGACCAGCACAGCGCCUACCUUCGUAAGGAGCUCACGGCUAUGCGGGACCGCCAUAUUCAAGACACGCGCAUUCACUGCUGCUUAUACUUCAUCAACCCGACCGGCCACUCCCUUCGUCCUAUCGACGUGAUCGUCAUGAAAAAGCUUAGCGAGGUUGUCAAUGUUGUUCCCGUCAUUGCGAAGUCGGACAGUUUGACCCUCGAGGAGCGCGAAGCUUUCAAGCAGAAGAUCCGCGCCGAGCUGGUUCACCACAACAUUCGUCUCUACCCGUUCGACACAGACGAAAAUGACGAGGAGGAAAUCCAGCUCAACGAAAGCAUCCGGAGCAUGAUCCCGUUCGCCGUCGUGGGUUCAGAGCGGACCGUGAUCAUUGACGGCAAGUCCGUCCGUGGCCGCAAGAACCGUUGGGGCGUCGUCAACGUCGAGGACGAAACGCACUGCGAAUUCAUGCACCUCCGCAACUUCCUUACAAGGACACACCUGCAGGAUCUCAUCGAGACCACCGCGCAGAUCCACUACGAGGCGUUCCGUUCCAAGCAGCUUCUCGCGCUUAAGGACGCCGCCAACCCGCGUCCGAAUGCGGAGCGUUAGGUCGUUACUGAUCAAGUGACCGCCAUAUUGCCCCUUCGCGCCGUCUUGUGUACGAGUCCGCUCACUCAUACCCCUUGCUCGGACUACUUGAGCGCACACGCGCCUGUUUUUCUGUCCUUCGCAUUUUUUUACCCGUCGGAACCGGAUAGUCAAGGGUAUUAAAGUUUUGCAUUUUCUUCUUUUAUUAUGUCGGGAUCACGCUCGUUUCAACGUCUCUGUUCCAUCUAUCGUAUACUCUACGCAAUCCGAUCGAUGUCCGAUACGUGC